GUUGUUAUCCCUGGAUCCCGUUCGGACACGUCGACCGUUAACAGACCAAACAGCAUUCUCCAAGUAGCAGUCAACAGGUACGGUGAUCAUUUUGUUGUUUAUGCUGUGAUUCGUUGUCAAGGUGAUCGUCAUGGCAGUGAGAGAUACUCUUAUGCAAGGGAUACAGGAAUACUAUGAAGCCAACCGCUACACUGAUGUCAUAGUUCAAGUGGGAGACCAGUCCUUUCACUGUCAUCGGAUCGUACUGUCCGCCGUCUCUAAGUUCUUCGACGCCAUGUACUCGUCCGGGAUGAGAGAAUCCAGGGAAGACAGAGUGCGUCUAAAGGACAUCACACCGCCCGUGUUCAAACUUGUCAUCUCCUACGUGUACAAGGAUACCGAUGUCCUUACUGAGCACACCGCGGAGGACCUGUUCAAAACGUCAUCUCUCCUUCAGAUUGACUCUCUACUAACAAAGUGCGAGACAUUCAUGGAAAAUAAAAUGAACUCUGAAAAUUGUUUGGGUGUUUGGAAGCUAGCUAGGGCAUUUCAUAAUACAAAUCUCGAGGCCAAGUGCUGGACAUAUAUACAAAAACGUUUUGAAGAGAUCCGCUUGACUGAUGAAUUUGUUCGACUUGAACUCGAUGAACUUUGUGAGAUCAUUAAAGAAGAUGACUUAGCGGUGAUACGGGAAGAGAAUGUCUGUGACGCAGUGUUGCGCUGGGUCGACGCUGAGGAGGAUGAGAGGAGGGUUUCUAUCGGAAUCGUGUUCUCUCAUCUCCGAUUAACCCUUCUCAGUUUAGAAUACCUAUUAAACGAAUUGGAUUCGCUACAACUGAUUCAGUCAAACGAUAUUUGUGCUAAACUCGUUAGGCAAGCAGUAAAAAUACAUGCUCUUCCCGCCAAAAGAAACGACCAGUGUCAUCUGUUGCAGCCACAAAGAGAGAGGUCGAAUAAAGAGACGGUACUGACAGUGAUAGGCCGACGUCUAAAGGAGAAUGGCGAGAGGAUAACGGAAUUAAUUGCUUACAGCUUCGCUCAACAAAGAUGGUAUUCACUUCAUCCAACACCACCGGAUAUGGGUGAGGAGUUCGCAACUUGUUGCCAUGGCGACGACCUCUUCAUCACGGGAGGCACCAGCAAGCUGAACAGCUGCUACUAUUUCUCCUCAAAACUGUCCCGGUGGCGUAGCCGUGCGUCAAUGACUUCAGGUCGUUACCGGCAUUGCAUGGUGUCGGUGAAAGAUGUCCUGUACGUUUUGGGGGGAUACAACGCCGGGACUAUGAAGAGUGUCGAGGAGUACGACGUUCGGAACGAUAUGUGGAGACCAGUCGGUGACCUUCACAUCGGUGUAGACGCUUCGUGCGCUGUGGCCCUGGGAAACAAGAUAUAUACGUUUGGAGGAUGGCUCGGAUGCGCCGAAGAAACAGCAGCAAUCCAGUGCUUCAAUACUGAAACCUACGCUUGUACGCAUGUCAGCAAUCUUCCGAGUCCUAGCAAGUUUACCCGAGCGGUUGUCUGUAGAAAUAGAAUUGAAGUUUUGUGUUCAGAAGGCAAGUUGGUAUCUUUUAUUGAAAACGGAUCUACCAAGCUAAUCGGGAAGAUCCCGAAUUUCUACAGGAAAAACUUUAGUAUGAUACGGGAUAACAGCGAUAGUGCUAGACUUUUAGUUUUGGGUGGGGAAGAUACCUACGAAUAUCGAAAGACACGCUCCGAGGGCACACACCACCGAGACAUCUACGCCAUCACUGGGGAGGAUGUGUCGGUGUGUGAGGAUCGUCAGUUCCCUACCAUGAUGGAGGUGGAGGGUUGCUACUACAUGUUUAUCAACAAACAGGAGUUCCAUACGGACUACGAGAAAAUGCUCAUCGAGUUUGAUGUGUGAGAUAGAAGGAUGUCUCAAGUCUGAAAGGAGGACACACAGUUCAAAUGGCUGCACUAACGAGAAUAAAUCUCGGGUAGGGGUAAACUGAUCUACAAUAUCAGUAAACAACUGAUGUACAUUAUCAGUAAACAACUGACGUACAAUAUCAGUAAACAACUGAAGUACAAUAUCAGUAAACAACUGAAGUACAAUAUCAGUAAACAACUGAAGUACAAUAUCAGUAAACAACUGAAGUACAUUAUCAGUAAACAACUGACGUCCAAUAUCAGUAAACAACUGAUGCACAUUAUCAGUAAACAACUGGCGUGCAAUAUCAGUAAACAACUGAUGUUCAUUAUCAGUAAACAUCUGGCGUACAAUAUCAGUAAACAAUUGAUGUACAUUAUCAGUAAACAAUUGGCGUACAAUAUCAGUUAACAACUGAUGUACAUUAUCAGUAAAGAACUGGCGUACAAUAUCAGUAAACAUCUGAUGUACAUUAUCAGUAAACAACUGUCGUACAAUAUCAGUAAACAACUGACGUACAAUAUCAGGAAACAACUGAUGUACAUUAUCAGUUAACAACUGGCGUACAAUAUCAGUGAACAACUGAUGUACAUUAUCAGUAAACACCUGACGUACAAUAUCAGUAAACAACUGAAGUACAAUAUCAGUAAACAACUGAAGUACAAUAUCAGUAAACAACUGACGUACAAUAUCAGUAAACAACUGAAGUACAAUAUCAGUAAACAACUGAAGUACAAUAUCAGUAAACAACUGAAGUACAAUAUCAGUAAACAACUGAAGUACAUUAUCAGGAAACAACUGGCGUACAAUAUCAGGAAACAACUGAUGUACAUUAUCAGGAAACCACUGGCGUACAAUAUCAGUAAACAAUUGAUGUACAUUAUCAGUAAACAAUUGGCGUACAAUAUCAGUUAACAACUGAUGUACAUUAUCAGUAAAAAACUGAUGUACAUUAUCAAUAACCAACUGGCGUACAAUAUCAGUAAACAUCUGAUGUACAUUAUCAGUAAACACCUGACGUACAAUAUCAGUAAACAACUGAAGUACAAUAUCAGUAAACAACUGAUGUUCAUUAUCAGUAAACAUCUGGCGUACAAUAUCAGUAAACAAUUGAUGUACAUUAUCAGUAAACAAUUGGCGUACAAUAUAAGUAAACAACUGAAGUACAUUAUCAGGAAACAACUGGCGUACAAUAUCAGUGAACAACUGAUGUACAUUAUCAGUAAACAACUGACGUACAAUAUCAGUAAACAACUGAAGUACAAUAUCAGUAAACAACUGAAGUACAUUAUCAGUAAACAACUGAUAUACGUGUAUGUAUGUAGUAUGGAAUGUAGAUAUUUUAUUCAGUUUUUGGUAGACAUAAGUUAUCAAUAUUUAUAACCCAAUUCAUUUACAUUUUUAUAUAUAUAAUUGCGUAUGUAUAAUUAAGUAUGUAUAAUUGUGUAUAGUUGUGUAUGUAUAAUUGUGUAUGUAUAUGUAUAAUUGUGUAUGUAUAGUGUUAAGUUCUGCGUGAAUAAUUUAACACUUUACGUGUUGUGAUCUGUGUGAUAUGAGCCUAAUUUAUCAAUUUUGAUAUAUCAUUUUAUAACUUAAUUCAUUUAGAUUUCAUUAAAUUAUUUUGUAUAUAAUGUAUAUAUAUAUUAUGUCAAUGGUACCUUUAUUUAAAUCGACUAGCCAUAUACUGGCUCAUAUUUAUAAACCUGACGAAAAUAUUAAAUUAUCGCUCGAGCAGAACGUUUU